GAUUCAGCGAUCCAACGAGGCUUGUUUUGAACGGUUCUAUUUUCGAGAAGUUACAGUUAGUGCGAAUCAUAUAUUAUGUUUCUUACAAUCUUAUUGAGUCCAAUCUUAUUUUUAUUCUUAUUGCACUGUUUUAUAAGAUAUGGAAGAAAGGGAAGAAUUCUUAGUAGAAUUCCAGAACCAAAGGCAUAUCCCAUAAUAGGAAAUAUACAUCGUUUUCGAGUUGACAAUGAACAUCAACUUGAAAACCUUUGGAAAGCCGAUAAAGAAUUUUAUCCAAUUUACAAAAUAUGGAGCUUCUUUUUUUGUUCAAUACAUCUACUUCAUCCGGUUGAUAUUGAGGUACUUAUGAGGAGCACUAAAUAUAUCGAGAAAGGAAUGCCUUAUAAAUACUUGAAACCUUGGCUAUCUACUGGAUUGUUAACCAGUGGAGGUAAGAAAUGGCAAACACGUCGGAAGAUAUUGACACCUGCCUUCCACUUCAAUAUCCUGAAACAUUCCGUUGUCACUUUAAACAAGGAGGCACGGUAUCUCGUAACAUCCUUAAAAGAGGAAAGCAAAGGAGUUUCUGUAGUUAAAGAUUUACAAAAAUUUAUCAGUCAACAUACUUUAAAUAUAAUAUGCGAAACCGCCAUGGGUAUUUCUUUGAAAGGGAAGGGCGAAUUAGAAUCUAAAUAUCGUGAUGCGAUUCAUGAAUUCGGCAAAACCGUGGCUUAUAGAUUUGUCAGACCUUGGUAUUAUUCUGACAUUAUAUUUUCACUUUCGUCAGUUGGUCGAUUACAAAAGAGACAAUUGAAAAUUUUGCACAGUUUUUCGAAAAAGAUAAUUACAGAAAGGAUACGUUUUCACGAACAGACCAACAGGAAAUAUUUAUAUAAUCUUGCAGAAAUGAAUGAGAAUAACAUAUUUUCUGAAAUACCCGAGGACAAUAAUCCAAUGUUCAAGAACAAACUUGCUCUGCUUGAUCUACUUAUAGACGCUUUUCUGAAUGGAAAUCAAAUCGAUGAGGAAGGGAUCCGAGAAGAAGUCGAUACUUUUAUGUUUGAAGGUCACGAUACUACGGCAGUGGCAUUGUGCUAUGUUCUGGGCCUUUUUGCAAAACACAAGGAUGUUCAGGAACGUAUAAGAAACGAAGUGAAUACAAUUAUGCAACAAAAUGAUUACAAACUGACGAUCUCAGUCCUUCAAGAAUUUUCAUAUUUGGAAAGAUGUUUAAAAGAAUCACUUCGUUUGUAUCCGAGUGUUCAUAGUAUAUUUCGUCAUUUGACAGAGGAUUUGCAACUAAAAAAUUAUUUACUCCCAGCUGGUUCGAUUUGUUGCGUGAACAUCUAUAGUAUUCACAGAAAUCCAGAAUAUUGGCCUAAUCCCGAAGUUUUCGAUCCCGAUAGAUUCUUACCAGAAAAAAUAAAAGGACGUAAUCCUUACUCAUAUAUCCCGUUUAGUGCUGGACCGAGAAACUGUAUUGGUCAAAGAUUUGCAAUGCUCGAGCUUAAACUAAUAGUAGCUUACAUCUUGCAUAACUUUUAUUUGGAACCAGUGGAUCAAUUUGAUGAUAUUAAAAUAAUAGCAGACCUUACUUUGAGCUUGCUCAAACCAUUUCGUGUUAAAUUUGUACCAAUAAAAUAGUUUUAUCUUAUUUGCACGUUUAUAUUUUCUUCAAAAUGAAAUAAAACGAAAUUAAAACUGUUCGUGAUUUAUUUAUGAUCGUUUAAUGAAAUAUAAGAUUUUUAUUUUAUCUGUAUGUAUUUAAAUAUUAAAAUGAUUUAAGAUGUACAAAUAAAUUUUAUUUCUAAUUUCAUUUACUUUAAGACGAGUAAUCGAAAUUUUGAAAUUUACCUUUGUCAACAUUUAAAUUAGUCCUGCGAAAAUCAACCUAUUCUAUUAAUAUUACUACGAUGUAUUUAAACGAAUUAAUUAUAAUAGAAAUUUUUGUGAAA